UGGGAGUUGAAGUCCACCCAUCUUAAAGUUGCUGAGGUCGAAAAACACCGCCGUAGACUUUCCAAAGCUGCCGUAGCUGCGCUGAUCGAAAAUGGAAGAGGAGGAGCCGGGACUUGAAAAGUGAAGUGCGGACGCGGCUCCGCCUUAAGAGGCACAGGCUGAGGCCGGCAGGGCUCUCCCUCCAUACACGGGCAGAGUCGCCAGUUCGCGCUUUCAGUCGUGCGAAUUCCCCCUUUGUCCGCCAGCGAGCACAAUGCUGGCAUCCGGCGGUCCCAGCACCGGCCAGACCUGCGGGCUCAUCCUGAUCUUCACCGUGCUCUUGCAGUCGAUCUGCGUGGCAAUCACGUACUUUUAUUUCACCAAUGAGCUGCAACAGCUCCGAGACACGUACGCAAAGAGUAGCUUUGCUUGCUUCACCAGAGAAAAUUUCUUCCUAGAAGAUCUGGAUCCAAAUGAGAAAGAAGAUGACGAUCCCUGCUGGGAGGUCAAGUGGCAGCUCUCAAGGCUCAUUAGAAAGAUGAUGGCCAAGAACCGUGCAGAAGAAUCAACAUCUUUAACAAGAGACAGGAUUUCUCCAGGUGCCACUGCAAGAGAUGUACCUAGGAACUCUGUUUCCCGAGUCGCAGCUCAUCUCACUUCAAGCAGAAAUGGGAAGAAAUCUUUAGUUGUACAAAAUACUCCUAUCAGAAACAAUUUGGGAUUCAAAAUAAUCUCUUGGCAAUCCUCAAUGUAUCCUUCCUUUCUCUACAAUGUAAUGCUGAACAAUGGGGAACUUAUCAUACAGCAAGCUGGACUUUAUUACAUCUACUCACAGACUUAUUUUCGGUUCCGAGAAUCAGAAGAUGCUGAACUCAAUGCAGAUCCUGACUCGGACAGUGUUAGGAAUGCAAAGCAAAUGGUUCAGUACAUUUCCAAGUUUACGGAUUAUUACCCAGAAGCCAUUCUGCUGAUGAAAAGUGCAAGAACCAGCUGUUGGUCUAAAAAAGCAGGAUACGGACUGUAUUCCAUAUACCAGGGUGGAGUGUUUCAGUUAAGGAGAAACGAUAGGAUUUUUGUCUCCGUCAGCUAUGAGGACCUGGUGGACAUGGAUAGAGAAGCCAGCUUCUUUGGAGCCUUCCUGAUCUCUUAAAGGGGAGAAAGAGAACGAGAGAAUAACUUGUCGUUCAUAAAGAGGUUGUGAAAGACAUGGCAAGUUCUGGUUUUGAAGUACAGUAAGAGGUGGUUUAAAAUGCACUAUCCACAGAAUUGGACCGAGUGUACAAUUUCUCUGCUGACCAGUUCACCAGUGAGGCCAUUUCAAGUUCCCAUCAUCCAAACUCCACAAGAAACGGUUGGCAUGCUACAGAUACAGAAAUUCCAACAAGCUGCUCUAGGUCCAUGAAUAAUCUUCCAGUGGUUUUGGUUUUGGGUUGGAACAGGAUAGUCGUAUUUGGCCUGUUUCAGCAAACCUCUGUAGAGCAUAUGCAUGGAAUCCAUGCAUCUAACAAGAAACGUACAGUGAGAACUAUGUGGUGACAAGUGAUUCAGCCUGUAUCGCCAUGUGGGUGUUGGGACUCUGGUAUGGGUUGCAUUUGCUGAACUGACUCUGGCAACAAAGUGUAAAGGAUAAGGCAAAAUAGCUUCCCUGAGCUAGAUUGUUUCCUCCUUUCAAAGCAGAAUGAUGAUAGCCAAGUCAUACGUUUAGAAGUAGCACCUGGAAGAUCCUUCCAGGAAGGUACCAUCUCAGAUUGCAGGAGAAGAAAAAUCAUAUAUUGGAAAGCUGCAUCCUAAGCUCAUUUCCGUCUAGGAGAGCAUUUAUAUACAUGCACCCCUUCAUGCAGUCUGAAAUGGUAUAGUCCUGGGUAGGCUGUACCAUGCAAUAUUUACACAACAUGCAUCUCAUUUCUAUCCCUGUGAAGCCCAUUGGGAAAUCUGCAAGGAACAGGAUUUGCUUCAUGUUCUAAUUGAGCUGAAUGAAUAAAAAUGAACCUCACAGUCAGAUCACACUGAGGCCGGAAACAGGCUUCAAAUGAGCUCAAUACUUGCUUGAAUGUAGCACAGUUCUUCAUAAGAAAAGGCUUCGUUUUACUUUUUAAAAAUAA